CCAAAAGAUUCCACUUCAAUUGAAAUUUGGUUAUUCAUGAAGUCGGAGGGUUCCCUCGAAGCAUCCAUGGCUGAAUGGUUAAAGCGCCCAACUCAUAAUUGGCGAAGUCGUAGGUUCAAUUCCUACUGGAUGCAUGCCAAUAGAAAUCUCCCCCCCCAAUAAACUCGAUUUUUGUUCAAGAAUGAAAUAUUAUUUUGAACUGUCAAAAGUUUAUCCUUUGCAGCCCUAUCACAUCCUCCAUCGGAUGAAAUAGAUGAAUUGAGACAUUCCUUUGUAAAUACAUGUGUUAAGCAUGUGUAAAUACAUGAUUAUCUUUACUAUCUUGACUAUAUUCUUUCUUUUCCGAUUGCCGCGAAAGAACAAAACAAAGAAACAUCUUUCUCUUCUUCUUUUUCAAAUAAUUUCUAAAUAAUAUCAACUUCAAUAAUUAAGAAUUCAUCAUUUCUAAAUAAAGAAUUUCUUUAUUUAAAGAAUUUCCGAUCUGUAGUAGACCUCUUAGCUUAGUAGUAUUUGAAUCGAGACGAAGUUCUGACCAUGUGUCCGAGAAAAAAGAUCGAUUGGAUCCGUAUCAAUGGAAUCUCAUCAUCCAUACAUAACAAAUUGAUGUGGUAUAUUCAAAUUUGAAUAUAUGAACAGUAAAAAAACUAGUAUUCUUAUUGAGACUAGAACUCAUAGGGAAGAAAGAAGAAAAUAGAUUUAUGAAUGGAAUAAAAAAUGCAGUAUUUACAAACAAAGGAAUUUCGUUAUUUGGAAAAAAUAAAUAUACUUUGAAAGUCGAAUCAGGAUCAACUAGGACAGAAAUAAAAAAUUGGGUCGAACUCUUCUUUGGUGUCAAGGUAAUAGCUAUGAAUAGUCAUCGACUCCAAAUAAAGGGUAGAAGAAUGCGACCUAUUAUGGGACAUACAAUGCAGUACAAACAUAUGAUCAUUACGCUUCAACCGGGUUAUUCUAUUCCACCUCUUAGAACGAAAAAAACUUAAAUAAAAAUACACUUAAUAACAUGGCGAUCCAUUUAUCCAAAACUGCUACUAGCCCGAGCACACGCAAUGGAGCCGUAAACAGUCAAGUGAAAUCCAAUUCACGAAACUGUUUGAUUUCUGGACAGCAUCAUUGUGGUAAAGGGCGUAAUGCCAGAGGAAUAAUUACCGCAGGGCAUAGAGGGGGAGGUCAUAAGCGUCUAUACCGUAAAAUUGAUUUUCGACGCAAUGAAAAAGACAUCUAUGGUAGAAUCGUAACUAUAGAAUACGACCCUAAUCGAAAAGCACACAUUUGUCUCAUACACUAUGGGGAUGGUGAGAAAAGAUAUAUUUUACACCCCAGAGGGGCUAGAAUUGGAGAUACCGUUGUUUAUGGUACAGAAGUUCCUAUAAAAAUGGGAAAUGCCCUACCUUUGAAAUCUACUUCAACCGAUAUGCCCUUAGGCACGGCCAUACAUAACAUAGAAAUAACACUUGGAAAGGGUGGACAAUUAGCUAGAGCAGCGGGUGCUGUAGCGAAACUUAUUGCAAAAGAGGGUAAAUCAGCAACAUUAAAAUUACCUUCUGGAGAGGUCCGUUUGAUAUCAAAAAACUGCUCAGCAACAGUCGGACAAGUGGGGAAUGUUGGGGUAAACCAGAAAAGUUUGGGCAGAGCCGGAGCUAAACGUUGGCGAGGCAGGCGGCCUGUAGUAAGAGGGGUAGUUAUGAACCCUGUAGAUCAUCCACAUGGGGGUGGUGAAGGGAGGGCCCCAAUUGGUAGAAAAAAACCCUCAACUCCUUGGGGUUAUCCUGCACUUGGAAGAAGAACUAGAAAAAGGAAUAAAUAUAGUGAUAAUUUGAUUCUUCGUCGCCGUAGUAAAUAGUGGAGAGUAGAUAAAAUAGAAUUUGUUUCUUCGUCUUUACAAAAGAAAAGACCGAUUUACUAUGACAUUAUAUGAUUUUCUUUUUUUAGAGAUUCUAGAUUUUAAAAUAUAAAAUAGAAGAGAAGAGAAAAAAUUAAAAUAUAAAAUAGAAGAGAAAAAAUUAUCUUUUUUAGAAAUUGGAGGAAUUAUAAACUAUGCCACGUUCACGAAAAAAAAAUCCUUAUGUAGCGUACCAUUUAGUAAGAAAAAUAGAUCAGCUUAACACAAAAGGAGAAAAAGAAAUAAUAAAAACUUGGUCCAGAACAUCUACCAUUAUACCUAUAAUGAUUGGGCAUACCAUUGCUCUCCAUAAUGGAAAAGAGCAUAUACCUAUUUAUAUAACAGAUCGUAUGAUAGGCCAUAAAUUGGGCGAAUUUGCACCUACUCUAAACUUCCGAGGCUUUGGGAAAAAUGAUAAUAGAUCUCGUCGUUAACAUUC